AAUGGUACCCUGGUUCCAUGAAGCAAGUUGGUAAGAGAAUCAAAUCAUGAAUCAGUUCCUUCUGCCAUGUACAGCUGCCUAUUGUUAGCUAGCAACAUUGCUACAACAGUUAGUUGAGUUAUUAGCUAAAGUAAUUCAGCUAACUACAUUGAUCUUCUUGACUCUCGCCGAACGGAGUUACAUUGAUCUUGUGUGUUUUCUUGCUAAGGAUAGACCAGUGUAUUCAACUGAACUGAACUGUGCUAGCCUGCUGCAAGCUAAUUUAGCUAAACAUCGCACAGCAGCUAGAGCUAGCUAGGUCUACUACGCCGGAUACUUGUAAAAGAUGGCUGACAAUGGUGUGCACCCUGUGGAAGAGGAUCCAGCCGCAGCCUUUUUGGCCCAACAAGAAAGCGAAAUUGCGGUGAUUGAAAAUGACGACGAAGGAUUCGGAGUUCUCGAAGACACCGAGCAGCCCCCCCAAGACCUGGCACAGCCUACAACUGUAGAAUAUGACGGUUUUGGAGACGAACCUGCCACAGUCAACGGGGACAUGUUUCCGGAAUCCAAUGGUUCUCCUGACAGCUAUGCAGCCAUCGCCCAGGUGGACCAGCUGAGGCAGGAGCCGGAAAGCUUGAGAAAAUGGAGGGAGGAGCAAAAGACUCGCCUGGAGGAGCUAGACUCUGCAUCCAAGGCUGCCGAGGCUGAGUGGAAAGAGAAGGCCAAGAAGGAGCUGGAGGACUGGCAUGUGCACCAGAACGAGCAGAUGGAGAAGAACAAGGCCAACAACAGGAUCGCUGACAAGGCUUUCUACAAGCAGCCCAACUCUGAUGUGAUAGGCUUGGUGGCAUCUGAAGAGGCCUUCUUGGCUGAGACGGAUGGAGACAGUCCAGGGACGGAGUGGGAGAGAGUGGCCCGUCUGUGCGACUUCAACCCCAAAACCAACAAGCAGGCCAAGGACGUGUCUCGAAUGCGUUCAGUUCUUAUUUCUCUAAAACAGACUCCUCUGGUACGUUAAGGCCCAGUAUAUUGUUUAUAUUACUGUUUAAAACGCCUUCUUUUUCUCUUGUUUUUCAGUACAGUUAGCAUACUUAAGGCCCACUUUGUAAGACCUUUUUAUUUUAGAACCUGUACUUAUUCUGUUUGUUUCAAACCUUUGAAGAAUAUUUGGCCUUCCCCAUUUUUCCUUACAAAGUAACUGAUGGUUACUUUAUUUGCUCAUAAAAUAUGACCUCUUAAAGAUGAAGGACUGCUCUUUGUUUUAGGCUCAAUGUAACCACUCCAUUACUGAGGUAAAUAUUCUUAAUAGUUGAACUUUCGUACUCCCUCUUGAACUGCGAGGUCAUUAGGUCAACACACUGCAUGCCUUUGCAAAUGAUUUUGAUGUGAUGCAUUUGAAAUUUGUUUUAACAUGAACGAAAGGCACUAACCACACUUAAACUGAACUUUUGUGGUUUGUCUCAACAUGUACAGUCCAGCACUACCUAGGAAUAGAUUGUAACCACCUAUGCCUGUUUAAAGUUUAAGUUCACAGAUAUUAUGGUCAACUCGGCUGUUGUAUGAAGUUUCUUAAUUAUUUAAAGGUAGCUUAAAAUCUGUCCUUUUUAAUGCUAUCAGGUUGUGGCCUUUGGCAUAUUACAACUACUGUUACUUAAUGAUUUUGGCAAUGUCAAUUACUUUCUUUCCAAACUUAACUUCUCUGUAAGAAAAAGUGUCUUAGGUUUCAUUUCAGAAGAACUGGCCCUCACCAUCAGGUGUUAAGUGCCAUUGUUGGAAGUCAUUACGUAGCCAUAUUUGACAACACCAAUUUGUGAAAAAUAGCCAACAUCAUUAACAUACAAUGGUUGUAUGGGGGUUCAGAUGCAGGUUUGUUCACAUGUUGCCUAUUGGGACAUAAUAAAUCCUCAUUAAAUUGGAGAAUGUUACAUAGGAACUGUAUAACUGUCUAUUAAUAAUUAAAAAACAAUCAUGGAC